AUGCAGAUUAGCAGACCAGAAACUGCUUCGACAACUGCGCCAAAUGACGGCUCAUUCAAAACGCCACCGCGGGUUGUGCAGAAUGACGUGUGUCCAGGCGCCCAAAGAAAGGCCACACCCAGCAACAUAAAUGCUACCAAGGUGGCGGUAGAUGGCUUCAAUUCUGUUUCGCAGAACCUUACAUUUGACGAUGCGUCGGCAUUGGACGGUCAGAAACAGAGAACACCUGCAAAUGGGUCGGCCACCGUUGGAAUUCCCCAGCAACGCGUCUGCGAAGCCAGCACUCCAAUCAAAUGCACCAAUUGUCAAUGA